GCAUCUUCAGUUAGACAUUGGCCUCCGUAAGACGAAGAGUCGGAAAAAACAACCGAAGGGUGCGACGAGGAAAAACGUCCAUCAUCGAGGAUCAACUUGAAUCGUUUUACCAGGAACUUUAUCUUCUUCGUCGCACAGGUCAGUUCAAACUGAUUUGUUGAUCACAGUCGCUCUCUUUGACGCUUCUACAUUGAUGCAGUUUUCAAGCAGAACGAACAGGAGGAUGCGGCUGUCGACGGUGGUCGAGUUGUUGCUGAUUCUUCUUCUGGUCGCGUUCGCCGCUUACGGCCGAGUGAUCGAACGAGACGAACAUGUGAAAGGGCGAGCGAUCAAAGAAGUCAAUGGAUCGAAGCAAAGUCACCUUGGAAUAUCGACAUUGUCAUUGAAACAGGCAACGGACGAUGUCAAUAGAUAUUGCACCUGUAACGAGAACAUAUGCAACUGCUGCAGAGACUUUCAUAUACCGUUGGUGCAAUUACAGGGACCAGGAUGCGCAUCCUUGCAAUACUUGCAAGAAGAUAAUUUGGCGGUUCAGCUUAGCUUUGGUGACAACAUUUUGACCAGCACCAUUGUAAAUGGAAAGAAUCCAAAGCCCGUAUGCGUCCCGUUACCAGGAGGCUUUACGAAAUUCUGUGGUAGAAUCUAUUCUAUUAAACGAGAUGUUGACAAUCACUUCAAGGCCUGUCUUGGGUUGGAAUUACAAUCAGCGACGGAGCUUGAAGCUAGCUUACGAGUUAGCUGCUUCAGAUUUGGUCCCGAUGGUCUGAAGUUGCGUCCAGCGGAACCUCUUCCGGUCGUCGAAGCCGAAGUACCGGAGGAAGAGGACGACGACGACUUCUUCGGUCUAGGUUCGGACGACGACGACGACGAGGAGGAUAACGAGGGAAUCUCACCGUUAGCCAACUCCGUACCGAAUUCUUCGCCUGAAGAAGAGGAAGACGAAGAGGAGGACGAGGAUAUCCUCGGCUUUGGAGCCCUCCUCGAUAUAAUAACUGGCGAGGAUGAAAGCACGACGAAGAAACCUAAAGUGACCACUGCCCCGCCUCUCCUCCAGUUCACAAUUCCUCUUCUAACGAAACCGACGACUGCGCCUUUCAUAGAAUCUUACGAUGCCUCCACGGAAGAAAGUAACGAGACUGGUGUCAGCAAUUCCGAAGAACAGAACGAAUAUAAUCAAGAAUUGUCUGCUGAAGAAGGAAGCGGUGAGGAAGACUACGAAUCAGCAUCCGUUGAUACGACGGGCAGCGAUGAAAUUGUCACAGAAUCCUCGAACAAGAUUGCUUCCUAUGCAAAACCGGACAAACUACCAACGAAGAAGUUCACGGCACCGGCGGCGAACAAGAAGAAACCCACCGUAACUAGCAGCAGCAUAAACGCGAUCCAAAGCGGGACGAACGAGAAGAAGAAGCCUCUGAAGAAGAAACCUGUGAAGGGAGACGACGACGAUGAUGACGAUGAUAUUUUAGGAGACGAUCUGGACGAUGACGACGACGAAGAAGAAGAGCUUCUGGAUGACGAUGACGAGGACGAGAAAUAUAGCGAAGAAGAUGACGACGAGAAAGUCGAAGAGACUGAACACGAGAGUAACGAGGACGAAGAUGAGAAGACUGAAGUCGAAGAAUUGGACGACGAUGACGAUGAGGAGGAUGCUGUGAUUAGCGCGCUCGUGUACGACGAGAAGGAGGAUGGUAAAAAGAAAGGCAAAGUUAAGAAGCAUACUCAGUCAUCGGAAACGGAAGACGACGAUUUGGAUUACGAAAUGGGCCUUUCUGGACUGCUUGCCAGAAGUAGGCACUCGAAGAGCAGUCGUCAAAGCAAAGUGAUGAGGCUUUGAAUUUCGUGAAAGUCCCCCGUGUCAGCAAUUGGAUCCUGCGAAACGAGAUUUUUUUGAAUUAUUCAAAAUAUUCUCUUAAUGUUAUCGAACGACUUGGUUAAACCAACAAUGACCAAACUACGCAUCAUGGAGACUGAUAACUUUUCUUUUCUUUUGUUAUUUAACACGUUCGUUGUUUUUGAAUAAUUAAAAGAAAUUUUUGCACGGCGUUAAAAUUACAUUAGCAAGUGGAAAGUUAAAUUUAGGGAAUAGAAUAAUUGUAUCUUGAGUGAUUGCAAUUAUAAUCUGUCUGACUAUUCAUAGCCUUUUCUACUGAAAAAGUAAACGUGUGUUAAAUAUCAUUCGAAAUGCUGGAACGAGGGUCGAAAAUGAUAGGACGAAUAACCAGGGGUUAUCCACGACCUUAGCCAUAUCAAAUUGCUCGAAUAGUUUAAUGUUAUUUAAGGCAGGCAUCUAUUUAUUUAUGUGUACUUAUUUAAUUAAUUUAUUGAACCUGUAAUUAACAUAUCAAAUAAACGUGUUCUCUCAUCAGUA